AUGCGGAAGCCGGGACAGACCGGGCUAGAGAUCGACAGCGGGAACGCGAACGAGAACGAGAGCGAGAACGAGAACGAGAACGAGAAGCUAGACGCCAGCGAAGGAGAUCCUCUGCACAGCCGAACGAGCGGACCGACAUUAUCAGCUGAAGCGAUAGCCAGAAUCGAGAGGGAUCAGAGGAGAAGCGCGCAGAGGCGGUCGAGACAGGCGCGGAUACCGCGGGAGGAAUACGUGGAGGUUCAGGAGGAGAAGCCCCGAAAGAACAACAAUAAGAAGGACAAGCGGAAGAAGAAGAGGGUUGUGAGUGGUGCUGUGCUUGAGGAGGGGAGGGGGAAGGGAUAUGCUGGUGUACGGGGGAGUGCGGGGACGGAUGAUAGCUUGCUCAAGGAAUAUAGGUAUCAGCAGCCGAAGUGGUGGAAGAGGAGGAAAAUAUGGAUGUUUAUUGGCGGUGGAGUCCUCGCCCUCAUCCUCAUCAUCGUCAUCGCCGUUGUCGCCAGCAAGAAGAAAAAGUCGGGCGACUCCGACUCCAGCUCCGGACCAUCAACGUCGGGCUUGGAUGGCAAGGACCGCAACAGCAUUCCCGUCGAGUAUCAAGGCACCGACUUAGACCCCUGGUCCUGGGCCGACACGAACGACUUCAACGUCACUUUCACCACCGAGACCGUCGGCGGGCUCCCCGUAAUGGGUCUCUUCAGCUCAUGGGACGACUCCAAGGCCCCCAACGGCAAAGUCCCCGCCCUCAACAAACCCUGGGGCUCCUACACCGACCGACCCGCCCGCGGAGUCAACCUAGGCGGCUGGUUAAGUCUCGAGCCGUUCAUUGCGCCGUCCAUGUUCGAUUACGAUAGCCGACUCGGCAUCGUCGACGAGUACACGCUCUGCGAACACCUGGGCGACAAGGCGAAAGAGACGCUCGAGAGACACUACGCUUCGUUUGUGACGGAAUCGACGUUCAAGGAGAUUGCCGAUGCAGGGCUGGACCACGUUAGGAUUCCCUUUUCGUACUGGGCCGUCGAGGUGUACGAUGGCGAUCCCUACGUAUUCCGCACGUCGUGGAGAUAUCUCCUCCGCGCCAUCGAGUGGGCGAGGAAAUACGGCCUCAGAAUUAACCUCGAUUUACACGGCCUACCGGGGAGCCAGAACGGCUGGAACCAUAGCGGGAGACUAGGGGCGAUAGGUUGGCUCAACGGCCCUGAUGGCCAGAAGAACGCCCAGCGCUCCCUCGACAUCCACGACAAGCUAUCUAAAUUCUUCGCGCAAGACCGCUACAAAAACAUCAUCUCGCACUACGGGCUCGCCAACGAGCCGAAAAUGACGGCUCUAGAUCCCGAGGCGGUAAUUUCCUGGACUUCCGACGCUUACAAACUAAUCCGCGACAACGGCGUCUCAGCCGUCAUCGUCUUCGGCGACGGCUUCAUGGGGCUAGGAAAAUGGAAAGGCCGACUGACGGGUCUAAAAGACCUCGCACUCGACGUCCACCAAUACGUCAUCUUCAACAAGAACCAAAUCGUCUUCACGCACAAAGAAAAGAUCCAAUACGCCUGCCAAGGGUGGACGAAGCAAGCCCUCGAAAGCAUGGACACCUCCACGGGGUUCGGCCCGACGUUAUUCGCCGAAUGGUCCCAAGCGGACACGGACUGCGCCAAACACCUAACAAACGUGGGCUGGGGCAACCGGUGGGAGGGCACCUACAACAACGCGGGGGUGGACAAGGACGAGAUGGUGACGACGCCGAGGUGUCCGGCGGAGGACGAGACGUGUAGCUGCGCCUCUGCGAACGCGGCGGCGAGCCAAUACUCGGAUGGGUAUAGGAAGUUUUUGAAGAUGUUUGCCGAGGCGCAGAUGCAUUCGUUUGAGAAGGGGUGGGGGUGGUGGUAUUGGACUUGGAAGACGGAGAGUGCGGUGCAGUGGAGUUACAGAGCGGGAUUGGAUGCGGGGAUAUUGCCGGCUAAAGCGUAUGACCGGGACUUUGACUGUGAUGGAGAUGUGCCUGACUUUGGUGACUUGCCCGAGUAUUACUAG